AUGUCUAAUCGCUCGGAUACCCCCUGCUCUGAGGAACUGAGAGAGUACUAUGAAGGCAUCCCAGCUCAUUGGCCCGAAAUACCAGCGACCCCGUUCGUAGGAUCCUACAGCCCUUACUGCACGGAGUCCCUAGCUCCAAAUGGCAUCCUGACACCGAUCAGUCUUCCGGACAGCUCGUUUCAUGCCAGCCCAGCAAUCAGUUACCACGGACACGGCUACCACGUGCAUGAAUACCACCAAUAUACCAUCAAUGACCCCCUCUCAGCGCCAGUGGGUCUCGGUAUCUCUGCACCCUUCCCGAGUGAUUACCCCCGGUCUUCAGCCCCGGAUCCCGCUUACCUGUAUGCUCCCAACCCAAGUGGCAUCCAGCAUGGUGUGGGACGAACCCCUAGCCAGUCGCCACAGGGCCCACCCCCAGCCAAGCGUGCCAGACAUCCAUCGUCGGAUGCGUCCUCGCGCGAGCAGCCAAGCAACUCGCCAAGCAACACGCCAAUCAGCAUCGCUCCCAAUCCAGAAGGUGUUCUCCGAAUGGAGCAAGAUCGCCAGCACGUCCAGCCAACUCCACACAUACUCCCCAAGAUCCGGGCCCCAGGCCGCGGCCGACGUGACCCCCAAGCAGAAGAGGAAGACGCAUUUGUAGAAGAGCUGCGAGACCGACAAACGGCCUGGAAGGUCGUGCGUGAGGAAUUCCGCGAGAGAUUUGAUAAAGAUGCCUCCGAGGCACGUCUGCAGAUGCGUCUUCAUCGCCGGCUGCGAGAACGAAUGGUUCGCUGGGAAGAAUCAGAUAUAAAACUCCUGAUCCGCGCCCAUGGGAUCUGGGCAAAAGAUAAAUUCCAUUACCUUUCGGACAAGGUGAGAUUCCUCAUGCUUAUAUGA